UCUAAUGUCAAAUCAAACGUCAAAUUGGUGCAUGAAACAUGUUGUAAUUUUCCUUUUUUAUUUAAGUAGUGGGCCAAAUGGCAACAAAAGACAUCAGGCCCAAACAGACACACACACCCACCAGCGGCACGCCUCGCCUCCGUGUUAUGAAAACAGUAGCUUAGAUUAAUGCUUAAACUUGCCCUCUUUAGUUGUGCUCCAGAUACGAGUCUUCUUCAACACAGACUGGUUUAAAGCGGAGAGAGAGUUAAAUAUUGCUGGUGUCCUAUCUGACCCUACGGGACACACCUGUCCUGCCCUGAGGAUCAUGGGAAGGUGGAAGAAGUUUUAGACCAGAAAGAGCACAGACGGUUCAAACACAGAUGAGCAUGAGGAGGUUUUUCCAAGUGCACCGGGACGAAGACUACAGUCAGAUCCAGUAUCUGACAGCCAAAUGCACCCGUCUGGCACAUGACAAAGCAAUGCUUGAAAGGGACUUUCUGGUGUCCAGAGAGAAGGAGAGGAAGCUGCAGAAUGAUCUGGAGGCCGUGACCGCUCAACUCUUCCACCAGGAGCAGGCCAACAUGGAGCUCAGGAUGAAGCAGGAUGAACUCAUCAGCACAAUUCACCAGAAACAGGACCUGGUGGACUUGUUGCAGCAGCGUGUGGUCCUGCUGGCGGAGGAGAGCUCCCGUGACGCUGAGCUUCUGCAACAGGUCGGCUCAGAGCUGCUCUGUUUGCAGAGCUCCGAGGUGAAGCUGGAGGGCCUGGUGGAGGAGCUGCACGCUGAGACCCAGCACAGAGCUGCUGUGGCAGAGAACCUCCAGGCAGAGCUGCAUGCUGAGACCCAGUGCAGAGCUGCACUGACAGAGAGCCUCCAGGCGGAGCUGGGCAGUAAAACAGUGGAGGUAGAGAGGCUACAAGACACCAACACAACACUGGCUGAGGAGCUGGAGGAGUUACACAACGCUCAUCAGAAAGAGGUAAGAGAACUGCAGCAGGAGAAAGAGGUGAGUCUGAGGAAACUACAGGAGACAGUGGAGCAGUUUGAGUGGCUGUUUCAGCAACAGUGCUACUGGAUAUGUUGCGUCAAGAGAUUCAAAGACAGCCUGAUGAAGGAGAGAGAGGCUUUGCUGCGACAAGUCAGGAAGUUGAAAAAGAAGGCUGAGAAACUGAAGAAGAUUUUAUAUGACGGUCCCACACACAGCGUCCUCUGCCCCCUACAGGACGCCGAGUGCUGCGACAGCAGUAUAACAUCGUGGAAUCCAGAUGCAGUGGCUGACCUGGAGUCUCGGGUGGAGGAGUCAAACACGUUGUAUGAGGAGCUCUAUGACCAGGCAGGGAGCCCUAUCAGCAGAUACCAAAAACCUCCUUGAGGACAGAGGCCUGGAGCCUGGACUCAUCUUCUUUUUCUCUUCCCACCUUCUGCAAACCAGAAGAUAACUGCUAGACAUUUGUGUGUGUGGUUAACCUUAAGGAAUACUUCCAGUCAUUGUCAAGAAAACCCCCAAAAACUCUGGAAAAACAUACCUGUGAAACCGCACAUUCACUCUUCUUUCUCCUCUAUUGUUCACCUGUCUUAAAAAGAAUCUGCUUCAUGAUAUAUGACUAAAUUAAACACUGUACAUUGUGCUUCUGUCCUCUUUUUGCUGUGACACAUGCAUAUCACAUGUGCCUAGACAUCUUUGGCCACAAUUUCCUGUAAUUGUCUAUUAUGCAGACCUUGUAAUCAACACUACUAACAAGAGAAAAGGCACCUGAAUAAGUUCUUUUGUUGUUUUGCCAAUGAGUCCUCACAGGGAAACCAGCAGCUGGCGCGCAGAGGAAACAACAAACGUGUUGUUUCAACCAAAAUGAGGCUCUACUGAUUGUUCCCCCAUUGAGAAUCUGCUACUUCGUGACUCUGAUCACCAGAUCAUUUCACUUAUCAUUUGGCUUUCUCUUGUCAGUAAGAACCUAGCGAGUACACAGGAGACAUUAUUUCCUCUCAUUAAUGAUGAUGAUCCAGACGCUCCAUCACAUGUGAACCAUAUGAUGUACACAUGGUGUAAAGGCAACAAUACUUUACAGAUUGGUUUGGGCCAAGAUAUUUAAAGCAUGUACUUUAUCUACAUAUUCACGAUAUAUAAAGAGUUGAUUCAAUAUUUUGCAACUGUGGAUGUUUGAAAUAAAAAUAGAGUGAUGGGAAGUGACAAUAAAGGAAUUUAUUAAAGAAAGCAGCUAUGUUGCAUCAUAGAUCUUCAUCAGGCAUUGAAAGUGUUUCUCCCAAACACUUUCCUCUCUCUUUCCCUUUAAAUGUUCUUUAAAUCUUAAAAUAUUUUUUGUAGUUAUCGUCAGUUAUUUUCCUACAAGGUACAUUUAUUGGUCUUUUUAUGCAUGUAUUUCACAACCAUGUCUCAUAAGAAUUUUGUUUAUGUACAACCAAUUCAGAUGAGAAGUUCAGGAACAUUUUUAGAAAUGUAACUCUGCCAAGAAUGCACUUUAAUGAACAGUAUGAGGAAAUGUUUAUAUUGAUAAUAUCUGCAAAAUGUUGUCUACGUACCUCAUUUGCAUUCUGACAACUGAAGCCUAACGGAUGUUUUUAUGGUCAUGUUUGCAUACAACACAGUGAACCAGGUUAAGGUUAGGGAAAGAUUGGGGUUUUGGUUAAAUAUUGAAAAACAACUCUGACUGGAUGCACGCAACUGGACACAGGAAGUGAACCUUGAUGUCUCGUGCCCCGUGUGUUACACACAAAUAUAUUCAAUAAAUAAAUAAAGUCUUGGUAAGCUUAUGUUUAUGGUUGAGAAAAACUUUUAAAGCAGAUACUUUCCACUAACUCUUGUAAAUAUUUUUCAGCCUGGGGUUUAGUUCAGCAUGUUAGUCAUCUACCAAAACACUGAAUUUCAUUAACUCCCCGUUUGUGAUAAUUAGGGUGAACACUGAAGUUAAUCCUAGA